CGCAGCAAUUAAGAUCCAUGAAAUUAUAAAGGAGUGUGAAAAUAAGCAAUUUCCCAAGGAAAAAGCAAGAAUUUUACAAGAAAAUUAGUGAAUUUUAAUAAAAUACAGUGUAAAUAAUAAUAAUUAACAAAAUAAACUUGAAAAUUUGUGAUUUUAAACCCCAAAACAACAGCCUGAAAACGACGGAAAUUUUUUAGAAAGUUCAUACAAAGCAAAAUAAAAGAAAAAAACUGCUUGUGUAUGCGAUGGACUAAAAAAAACAGACACACACAGACUUGAGUAUAAGUGUAGUGGUAACAAUACAACAAAAAGUACUAAAAACAAAAAAUAAAUAUUAGUACUUAAUAUAUCUCACCUUUUUCGUUUGGUUUAAAGAGUAAACACAAACAAAAAUUUGUUUGUGAAUGGCUGCUCUUUGUAAUAAAAAUAAAAAACAACAAACAAUUAAACUAACAAAGAAAACAAACAAUAAACUGAAAAUAAAUAAAAGUUUUAAAAUCUCGUGUAAUUAUAGUAAACAACAGUUAAAGUUUAAUUUGGUUAAAUUGUUAUUAAAACAACAAAAUCUUGUUUUUAAGCAGCCAUCUUUAAUUUUUCCACAACGACCACUAAAAAAACAGCAGUUAAAGCAACAAGAACUAGCAUAACAACAAGUAAAACAACGAUAACAUAGCAAUAAAUCCCACCAUAAUACACCACAGUAAUAACGACAACCAACAACAAAAACAAAUUGUACGUGCGUGUGUGCAUAUGUCAAAUUGUGUUGUUUUUUACAGUUUAUUUUUGCUCUCGAUUUAUUGCGUUUUGUUUUUGUGCUAAAUCUACUAAAAAAAUUGUUAAACUCACCACUACUACUACCACUACAAUUACAAGACUGCUGCCUUUCUUUUAUGUUUCGUGAAAUUCUCCAACCUUUUAUUAUUACCUUUCAUUCAUACACAAUACAACCAGAAAAAAGUUUCCAAGCAAAUAAUACAAAAAAUAUAAAAGAAAAAAAACCCUAACGAAUUUGUAUGUUAAAAGAAAUUUUAAAAUUAAAACGCAGUUUUAACUUCGUGGUAAAGAUAUCCUUAAAAUUGCAAAUUUUUAAAAUCUAUCAAAAAAUUAAAAAUUCACUAAAUUUUAAAAACAAUUUGUGUUGAAGAAAACAAAAUCAAUCUUUUAAUUUUUUUUUUGUAAAAUUGUGAUAAUUAUAAAAACGAAUAGUGUAUAAAAAGUAUAAAAAAAUAAAUAAAGAAGAAAUUGACUGGAGAAGUUAACAAACAUGGAAAUUGCCUUAAAUUCAGACACACCAGGAGGUUUCAAACAUGAAAAUGCUAUAGCCUCUCAAAAUGGAUUAGCGCUCCUAGCAUCAAUUACGCUUAAAAAUGCACUAAAUAUCAAUAACAAUAAUAAUAGCAACAAUAAUAACAAUUGUACUAUCAAAAAUAAUAACAACAACACAAAUAUCAAUAAAACUAAAAAUAAUAACAACAAUCAUUUGAAUCACAAUAAAAACAAUAUCAAACAUCAUAAAACAGCACAGCCGCAACAACAUGGUUUUAGUUCAACAUCGACAAUUGCUUCGUCAUCAUCAUCAUUAUCAUCAAAUGCAGCAGCAACAGCAGCAACAGCAUUAUCACCAUCAACAAUGUUAUCAACUUCAAAUACAACAACAACAAUACAAACACCACAUUUACAACAGCAACAAAUACAAGAACAUACAAAUAUAUUUACAUUUACAGCAGCCGGCCUACACGCUUUAACAUCAACAACUAUAUCAACAAUUAAAAAUGAGACAGGUGCGGUUGCUGUUAAUCAUCAACAACAACAGCAGCAACAAAAUCCACAACAAUUGCAAACAUUAUCAGCAACAACAGCACUAGCAACUCUUGCAGCGUCACCAGCUAAUGGCAAGAACAACAAAACCAAUCAUCAUAAUACUUCUUUAUCAACGAAUCACCAUCAGACAAUUAACACCUCUAGUGCAAAAGAUCCUACUGUAGCUUUAUUAGAAGCCUUAUCUAUAAAAACAACUAAGAAACAAUCAAAUGUUUCAACACAGCAACAGCAAAUAUCAUCAGCUAAUGCACCAUCAUCAUCGUCAACGUCAUCAACAACAGUAACGACAUCAACAACACAUUCUUCGGCUGUAGGUAAUGGUGGCAAUAAUAACAACAAUACAAAUACCAACAAUACCAAUAAUAAUGGCAAUGGCAACAGCAAUAAAAAUAAUUUUAGAAUUCCGUCCGAUAUACUUGAUGAUUUGGCCAGUCGUUUUAUAAUUAAUGUUCCCGAUAUGGAACUAAGUAAUUUAAUACGUAUAUGCUUUCAAAUUGAACUGGCUCAUUGGUUUUAUUUGGAUUUCUUUUGCGCAUCGGAGGAAAGAAAACUACAACCAUGUGGUAUGAAACAAUUUGCUCUGCAACUAUUUGAGCACAUCCCAUUCCUACGCCACCAUUUAUCUACUAUAGAUAAAAUUUUGGAAGAUUGGAAAAACUACAAAUUAUCCGUGCCCACCUAUGGAGCCAUUUUAAUAUCCGAGGAUCUCAAUUAUUGCCUUUUAGUGCAAUCAUAUUUUGCCAAAAGUUCAUGGGGCUUCCCCAAAGGAAAAAUUAAUGAAAACGAAGAUCCGGUACACUGUGCCACAAGAGAGGUUUAUGAAGAAACCGGUUAUGAUAUCACUGAAUUAAUUGUACCAAAUGAUUACAUUGAGGCUGUUAUCAAUUAUCAAUACACUCGUUUAUAUAUUGUACGUGAUGUUUCGUUAGAAACGAAAUUCUCACCACGCACUCGCAAUGAGAUUAAAUGCUGUGAUUGGUUUCCCAUUGAUUCGCUGCCAGUCAAUAAAAACGAUGCCAUAUCAAAACCCAAAUUGGGCAUAAAUGCCAAUUCCUUUUUCAUGAUCAUGCCAUUCGUUAAGCGUCUCAAGAAGUGGGUCAACGACAAGCGCAAUGGCGUCGAGACGCGACGUAAAUACUCCGGUGGCGGUUCGCCCACCUCCACAUCACCAUUGACCACCAUGGGUGGUGGCAUGAUGAAUGGUCAAAUGAAAACCAGUUGUAAGAAACAACAGAAACGUAAUAAUUCAAAUAAUUUUAAUGAUGAUAUAAAUGCCUUAAAUAAUGCAAAUGGUGGUGGUGGUAGUGGUGCUGCUGGAGCAGCUGCUUUAACAGCCGCUAUCUGUGGUAAUAAUACAAAUACAAAUGCAAAUGUUAAUUGUUCAAAUUCGAAUUCAAAUCGUUCUAAAAGACAACGCCAUAAAUCAAUGGGUGAUUUGGAUGGUAUUAAAUUAAAUAAUUUUAAUAAUCAAAGUAAUUGUAAGACGACAAAUAAUAAUAAUAUUAAUAACAAUAACUGUGGUUCCACAACUUUAGCAUCUUCGACAACAACAACAACAACGACCACUGCAAAUAGUGGUGGUAAUAAUUGCAAUAAUACAAACAUCAACAACAACAAUCAAAAACGUCAUUCAAAAAUUGUUGCUGCUGGCAGCAAUGUUUCCAAUAACAUUAACAAUAACAACAAUACUACAAAUAAUGGUUGCAAUAAUAUUAACAACAACAACAGCAUUAACAAUGGUAACAACGGAUCAUCUUCGAAACGCCAACUGUUCCAUAGCCAAAGUCAAACAAAUAAUUUGCAGCAAAACGGAGAAAAGAUUGUAAGUUCAUUUGACUUGAUACGCAAAGAGAAACAGCAAAUGAAGGCUGCUCUAGCCAAGGCCCAAAAACAACAGCAAAAUAGUAACAACGGCAAUGGACGUCAAAGAGCCAAAUCCCAAAGUGAUAAAAUGGGCAUGCAGCAACAACAACAACAACAGCAGCAACAGCAAAAAUCCAAUGGCAAUAAUAAACAGCAACAACGCAUACAAAAACAACAAUCAUUAAUUGUUACCAAUUCAAAUAUGCAAAAUUACAAUAUGAACAACAAUAACAACAGCAACAAAAACCACAGUAAUAAUAACAACAAUAACAAUGGUAAUACAAAAUUAAAUGUAAAUAAUAGUUUUAAUAAUAACAAUAACAAUAAUAUGACAACAGGAGGAUAUAAAACUCCCACACCACCUCCACUAAGUGGCAAUGAUUUAUUAAAUUUGGCCGCUGCUGCAGCAGCUGCAACAUCAAUUGUCAAUACAACAACGUCAUCAACUCCAACAGCAGCUGCCGCAGCCGCAGCAACAGUAACACCUCAAGCAAAUAAUAUGCAAAAAGUCUCCAAAUCGGUGGUACAACAAAAACCCAGACCCUCAUCAGUAUCAUUGCAUUUCCCCGAGGUCUCUGCAAUUAAAAGAGAAACCACAGAUCUAAUGAUGGCCAGUGGCCAUCAAAUGCCACAAUUACAGCGCAUGGCUUCGGGUACAAAUCUACGUAUUUUAAAGAGAUCAACAUCCCAUCAACCAACGCAACAAAAUGUACAGCAACAUCCACAGCCACCACAAAGACAAGCAUCUGCUUUACAAUUUACACCCAGUUUUAAUUCAUGGACUAAUUUUACAUUUACCAAAAAUUUUAUAGCCAAUGUUUUUUGUUAAACAGAAAGUAUAAGCGUGUGAGUGAGGCUGUUACAAACUCUACAAAACGGAGGGAUUGAAUGUAAGAAUUUAAUUUAACAGCGUAUGAUGGAAAAGGCCCUCAAUAUAAAUACUUGUAUUGCUCUGAUGGGUCAAGGUCAUUUAUUGCAUUAUUUAUAUCUCUAUAUAAAUAAUGAGGUGAAUUAUUAUUAUUUUGUAUUUUAUAAUUUUAAUUUCUUUAUACAUAUUAAGAAGUGGUACCCCCUUUUAUAACUACUACUUUCCUUUGCUUUAAUUUCAAUUUUCAAAGGAUAUUUAGAAUUCUUGUUUUGUUUAUACCUACCUACUUAUUUUAUAAAUCUUCUUUUUAAGGUACCCUUUAAAUAUUCAAAACAUUUUUAUUUUACUCUAAUUUUUAAGCUUCUCUUAUACUUCCCUCCUUUCCUUGUUUAUUUUACCUUUUAGGGUUUUUAAUGUUCUUAACAUUUCUAUUCUUUUAAGCUUUUACUUCUUUUAAUUUUAAAUUCUCUUUGAUUUCCUUUCUCUUUAUUAUUUUUUGUUUUCUUCUUUUGAAUUUUUGACCAAAUUUUGUUUAUUAUAUAGUUUUCUUUGAAAAUAAUAAUGGAUUUUAUUUCUUAUUUAUUAACGAAAUUUUGCUCAAAACAAAUACAAAUCUUUUGCUUACAAAA